UGAUUUUGCGGUGGGGGCAGGGUGUCACGACUGCUGAUGGAGAAGGCAACACGGUGCGAUCGCCAUAGGGCGCAACCGUAGCGCCGAGGACCCUGGCAAGGGGCGGGGGCGGCAGCAGAGAUGUGGCAAGGGUUCCCCCCAGCCCCUGAGGGCAGGAAGAGGUACAGUGACAUCUUCCAGAGCCUGGACAACCUCGAGAUCUCACUGGGGAAUGUGACCUUUGAACCCCUGGCUGCAGACCCUGUACUCACAGAAGACCUGGAGUCUGAGGAGGCUACCACAGCCUCUGUGACCAGGGAAGCCAGCUACUGGAGUGGCCCCUCCCCAGAGGGUCCAGCACCCAUCACAGGGGAGGAACUGGACUUGCGACUUAUUCGAACCAAGGGAGGUGUGGAUGCUGCCUUGGAAUAUGCCAAGACAUGGAGUCGUUAUGCCAAAGAACUGCUGGCCUGGACAGACAAGAGAGCCAGCUAUGAGCUUGAAUUUGCUAAAAGCAUCAUGAAGAUUGCUGAGUCUGGAAAGGUGUCCAUCCAUCAGCAGAGCCACAUGCCACUGCAGUAUAUCUACACACUGUUUCUGGAACAUGACCUCAGCUUGGGAGCCCUGGCCAUAAAGACUUUGUCCCAGCAGAAAAGAGAUUACUACCAGCCCCUGGCUGCCAAGCGCACUGAGAUUGAAAAGUGGAGAAAGGAAUUCAAAGAGCAGUGGCUGAAGGAGCAGAAGAGGAUGAAUGAGGCAGUGCAGGCUCUGCGGAGAGCACAGCUUCAGUACAUACAACGCUGUGAGGACCUGCGGACACGCUCCCUGGGAUCCCCAGAGGACCUGCUCUCCCAGGCUUCUCCAGGACCCAGCAAGCAGCAAGAACGGAGAAGACGCUCUCGAGAGGAGGCCCAAGCUAAGGCACAGGAGGCUGAGGCGCUGUAUCAGGCCUGCAUCAGGGAGGCUAAUGCACGACAGCAAGACCUAGAGACCACCAAGCAGAGGAUAGUGUCACAUGUGCGCAAGCUGGUGUUGCAGGGGGAUGAAGUGCUCAGGCAGGUGACCCUGGGUCUCUUUGGGCUGCGUAGGGCGCAGGCUGAGCGGGCCCCCUUGGCCUUCACCGCCCUGACGGAGUGCUGUGCUCCCUUUGAGCCUGGCCAGCGCUACCAGGAGUUUGUGAGGGCGCUUCAGCCAGGGCCUUCAUUACCCCCACCGCCUUCCUUCUCCUUCCAGGAAUUCACUCCUGCUGUGCACAGUUCCCCAGUGGACAUGAAAAAGAAGCUCUCCGGGCCCCCAGCUCCGAAGCUGGAGGAGAGCAGCUCUGUAGAGCCUGGCUCUUGGGAAGAUGCCAGCAUCGGCUGUGGUCAGGAGACUCCAGGCCCCACUCCAGGCAGUGAUGUGGACAGUGUGGGUGGUGGCAGUGAGUCUCGAUCCCUAGACUCUCCCACUUCCAGCCCAGGUGCUAGCAUGCGCCGGCUGGUGAAGGCCUCUUCCACGGGCACCGAGUCCUCUGAUGACUUUGAAGAACGAGACCCUGACCUUGGAGAAAGUAUAGAGAAUGGGCUGAGCAGCCCCUUCAAGAAGUGGAUGCUAUCCACCGCUGCUCAGACCCACCGGCUCCGGCGUCUGCGGGGCCCGGCCAAGUGUCGUGAAUGCGAAGCCUUCAUGGUCAGCGGGACAGAGUGUGAGGAGUGCUUUCUGGCUUGUCACAAGCGUUGUCUGGAGACCCUGCUGAUCCUAUGUGGACACCGGCGGCUCCCAGCCCGGACGCCAAUUUUUGGAGUCAACUUCCUACAGAUUCCUAGGGACUUCCCUGAGGAGGUCCCCUUUGUGGUCACUAAGUGCACAACUGAGAUAGAACACCGUGCCCUGGGUGUACAGGGUAUUUACCGGGUCAGUGGAUCCCGCAUCCGCGUGGAGCGACUGUGCCAAGCCUUUGAAAAUGGCCGCACAUUGGUAGAGCUGUCAGGAAACUCACCUCACGAUGUCACAAGUGUCCUCAAGCGGUUUCUGCAAGAGCUCACCGACCCUGUGAUCCCCUUCCACUUCUACGAUGCCUUCAUCUCUCUGGCAAAGACCCUGCAUGCAGACCUCAGGGACAACCCUGAGAUCCCCAGCCCCAGCCCUGAGGUUAUCUGCUCGCUGAAGACCCUCUUGGUACAGCUGCCUGACUCUAACUACAGCACCUUGCGACACUUGGUGGCCCAUCUAUUCAGGGUGGCUGCUCGGUUUGAAGAAAACAAGAUGUCUGCCAACAACUUGGGAAUUGUAUUUGGACCCACACUGUUGCGGCCACCAGAUGAUCCCAGGGCAGCCAGCCCCAGUCCUGCCACCUGCUUGCUGGACACCGGUCACCAAGCUCAACUUGUUGAGUUCCUCAUCUUGCACUAUGAGCAGCUCUUCGGGAUGGAUGAGCUCCCAUUGGCCCCUGAGCCCCUUCUUCGAGACCUCAGCCCAGCUCCCGAAUUCCAUACAUCCAGUCCCCAACUUGCAUCACAACUCCUUACCGCAGACCCUCAGACCCCAUCCCUAGUCUUGGACCCCAACCCAGCCCCAAAAGUCCACCACAAUGCCCUGGAGAAGCAUCCCGAAUCCACACUGUCUGAGAUUGCAACUCUGGAGUGUGAUGAAGAAAGAGAGAAAGUAAUGGAAGACACCAGAGAUGAGGCAGGGGAAGUGUCCAACCACAGGCCUGAGGACUUGCUCCUGGGGACACAAUCCCGGGGCCACUUCAGCCGUCAGCCAGUGAAAUAUCCCCGGGGGGGUGUACGGCUUGUUACCCACCAGCUGUCCAGCUUGGCCCUGGUGGCUUCCAAACUAUGUGAAGAGGCACCUCCUGUCACUGUCAUGCCAGUGCACCGUGGGAGCUUAAGGGGAAGGGGCUCUGGUCCUGCUGCUGCCUUCCCUGAAGGCAGCCCCCUUCGUUGUACUCCUCUGCCCAAACACUUUGAGAUAACCCAGGAGACAGCCCGGCUACUCUCCAAGCUGGACAGUGAGACUGUGCCCAAAGCCACCUGCUGCACUGCCCCCCAGCCUGUGGAAGACGAGGACCAUCUCUGACCGCCGAAAAUCCUAAGAACUCCACUGACCAUGAACCCACCCCAUAGUGUCCCAGGACUAAUCAGAUGGACCCAUAUCUUCCCACCUCUUCCCCACCUGGUGGCAAAUCAGUGUGAGAGUGGAAAGGGAAUUCCAGAGUGUUCAAAUAAGGAAAGACCACUGAACCCUCAGAAGGCUUAAAAUACUUGGUAGCAAUGUCCUAGCAUCUCCCCUCCAGUCAAGUGAUUUCAAACAUAAGGCCCCUCAGGUGCAUAGGUCACUCGGGUCAGAACUCAGGUUCAGUACAGAUCCCCCUGUUUUCAAUCUCCAGGACAGGGGUGUCUGACUACAUUGUGAUGGCUCCCCAUACACACUUGCCUCUUUGGCUGAUUCCAAGAGACCAGUUCUUGAUCAAGGUGGGCAACCUGGCCCUCAUCCUGGUGGUGCUUGUAGUCUGGGAUCUGAAUAAAGCUGUGUGUAUAUGUG